AUGACGAAGUUUUUGCUAACGCCCCAAUUGACUAAACUUGUAUCCAAUUCCUCCCUUGACGAAUCACAAAAAGAGAGCCUUCUCUCUUCGCCCUAUAUUACUCAUGCGAAUUUAAUUAGCUUCUACAAGCUAUGUUCACCAACUCCAACUUUAUUGCAAUUAAUUCAAAUGACCAAGUUAUAUAUCCCAGUUCGUAAGGAAGAACUGAAGCCGAAAUCUAAGGAAUUCAUUGAAUCUAUGAACGAGUUACGAUUGAAGGCCAAGGAGGAUGAGUAUCAAAAAUUGAUUGGAAAGACGACCGAUUUGAGCCAAUUGUUGUAUGAACCUUCAGCGAAUGAUAUUGAGUUGACUCCAGCACAAAUGCACAAAGAAGUUAGAUCACAUAUAACAACCAUAUUUAAUAUUUUCAUAAGUGUGGCAUCUGUUGUAUAUGCUAUCUGGUACUGGACUGGUUCUUCCAUGAGAAUAAAAGAUAGCUAUAGAAUUCUUCUUUGCAUUUUCUUUGGACUCCUUAUAUUGGUAGCUGAAGUUGUGGUUUAUAUGGGAUACCUCAAUAAGAUUGAAGAAGCAAAAAUAGCUGAAAAUAAGAAAAAGGAAGUCAAAAAGGUAAUAAAAACCAUAUAA